ACUCGAGUGGUUCAGUGCGGUCGGGACGCACCUGUGCGCAGUGCCGCGGCGACCGGCGACGUGCGGGUGGUGGCGAGCGAGCGGCGAGCGGCGGACUGAGGCCGGUGGUGUGGUGAUCGUGUGAGUGUGCUCCUCUGGUGUUGUUCGACCUCCCCAGCGGUAGCGUGGGUGUGACCCGCAGCUACCGUGAUGUUUAAAUGGAAAAUCACUGCCAGGAAAGCAUUAAAACAAGAAAAACAACAAGAGCUUAACAACAAAAACUUCCGAAGCAACGCAAAGAAGAAAGCAGAAAAAGAAGUGGAAAACCACAACAGGAAUGCGGCGCUGAGGGAGGCCGAGGAGCCGCGGCCGCCGGCGCCGGGCAGCGCUCCCCAUCGGGCGCCCAGCCACCCGGCGCCGCCGAUGGCUGACCAGACGAUCCCGCCGCACUCCACCUACCCCACCCCGGCGACCACGGCCUCCACCACCACCACACAGCCGGCUGGCGCGCGCUCCGUGCUGCGGCCGACGCAGCCCCGACCGCCGCCCUACGUGCCGCCGCCCAGCGGCCGCGUGCGCGCCAUGACCUCGCAGGCCACGCAGGUGGAGGGCUCCGUGCCGGCCACCAGCCCCCUGGAUACGUCUGUGGCUUCCAGCACCGGCGACGGGUCGCGGACAGAGGCCGGAUCGUCCAGCUGGAUGGAGUGGACCCAGCAGCUGCAGGCGUAUGUGGCCUGGGUCAACUCUCAGCUGCGCAAGAAGGAAGGCUACAAACUGGUGACGGACCUGCGAGCCGACCUGCACUCCGGGGUGGUGCUCGCCGAUCUGAUCGAGAUCGUCUCUGGUGAGAAGAUUGCCGGCGUCUAUCGGCUACCGGAGACGGCGCAGAUGAUGCGAGAAAACGUCGAACGCGUACUUCAGUUCAUGGCAGCCAAGCGGAUUCGUAUGCACCACGUGAGCAGCAAGGAGGUGAUCGAGGGCAAUCUGAAGGCGGUGAUGCGUCUGAUUCUGGCGCUGGCCGCCCACUACAAACCACAGAGCGUGCGCACCUCGCCCUACGACAGUGGCGCCACGGAGCGGACAGCGGCGCCGGGCGGUACAUCGUGGUCGUCGUCUCAGGAGACCGCCGACCCGCCGGCCGAUCAGCAGACGUCCACCCCGGCCGCAACCACCACCACCAACACCACCACCAACACGACCGGCACCAGCAGCAGCACCAGCACGCCCGCCGCUCGGCGGCCAGCGCCGGCCAGCAGCAGCAGUGCCACACCCAACCUGAACGUACCCGGCAACCGCAAGUCGAUCGGCCACCUGCUGGAGGGCGGUCUGAGCGUGGCGCCGCUGCGCCGGUUCCCCAGCGUGGCCGGCCACCAGUGGGGCAGCGUGGCGGCCGAGGACGGCGACGAGACCUGCAUCGAUGGCGACGAGGAGCCGUCGGCGACGUCGGAGCGUCCGGAGCGGCGCGGCCGGCGCCAGUGGGACCUGCCGGGGCCGCCGCUGUACGAGAAUCUCCCCCGCAGCAGCAGCUUCGCCAGCCGGCCCAGCGAGCGCACGCCGACCGGCGAGCGCAUUUACGACGUGCCGCGCGGCCGGCCGUCCCCGGUCCAGGAGGGUGACGGGCCGGCGUCUCUGACGGUCGAGACGGCCGGCCGACAGCGCCGCACCAUUGUAGAUGGGUUCAGCAGCCUGCCGCGGCACGGCGUGCGGCCGGCGGCGCUCGACUGCUGGGAGAACACGGCGCACAGCACGGGCACCAGCUCGCCCAAUACCAGCGGCGAGUUCAGGUACAACACGACGCACCGUAUGAGCGGCCGCCGUCUGCUGCCAAAGACACCGGACAGUCGCGCCGGCGGCGGCGGAGGAGGUGGCAGUGGGACGCGCCAGGCCACCGACGAGCCCGAGCAGCGCAGUCUGGGCAGCCGCGGCGAGGUGGAGGGCUCCUCCAGCCACGGCUCGCCCACCACCUCGAUGGCCCGCAGCCGGGAACAGGCGGUGGCCGAGUGGCUGCGGGGGACCCCACAGCGCCGCUCGGAGAACUGGGGCCGCCCGGAGCCGGGCGCGGCGGCCGGCCAGCUAUGGCGCCACUCGGCGCUGCGCCGCUCCGUGCAGGCGGACGGCUGGUCGGCCCGGCCGCCGCCCCUGGUCGGGCCGUCCUCCACUGACGAGCCGCCCAGCUACGAGGCGCUGCUGCACGAGCUGAGCCGCGCCCGCCGACAGCUGGUAGCUCUUCAGGAGCUGCUGCUGGACGGCCAGCAGGAGGGCUCCGAGGUUCGAGGCACCAACACCGCGGAGGAGUUUGUCUUCCUCAAGUCGCGACUGAGCAGCGCAGCUGACUCUUGCAGCGUGCUCCAGUCCGAGCUGGGCAGGACAAGUCAGACUGAGCUGGGAGCUCGGCUGUCUGCACAGGAGCGAGAACUGCAGCAGCUGCGUCGCCAGCUGGCAGACAAGGAUAAGGCCAUCCACCUGCAGCAGAGCCAGUUUGACGAGGCCAUCAAGGCGCUGGCCACCUCCCACAGUCGGCCGACAGAUGGCAGCAGGGAGGCGCCUCAGUCCCCAGUGGUCAGGACGCGGGGUUCGGGCAGGGAAGAGCUGCACAUUCUCAGAGAGGCCAUCUCCAGCCUAAGGGCCAGCUUCAGGGAGUCUGACCCCAGCCACCACACUCUGGACACGCUGGAGCAGUGCCUGGCCGUGGUGCUGGACCGGCUGGCGGCCGCUGAGGCGGGCAGACACGACCAGCAGACGGGCACGCCGGCUCCCAGCCGUCGGGCACCCAUCACCAGCAUACAGGGACACCACUCCUUCACCAAGGUCGUUUACUACACGGAAAAGACGUUGACGCCGUUUCUAUCGUCGAUUCCGAAACAGCUCGGCGAAAUCACGCUGCGCGACUUCAAACAGAUCUUUGACAGAGCUGGCAACUUUCGGUUCCAUUUCAAGAGCAUGGAUCCCGAGUUUGGCAUGGUGAAAGAGGAGAUUUCCAACGACGACGAGAUUCUCCCCGGCUUUGACGGCAAGCUGAUUUCGUGGGUGGUGGAGGACCACGGAGUGUGAUGAAGUGGUCCAGUUGGCCAGCUAGUUUACCGUUAUCUCGUAGAACAAGUUGGCUGACCCGUCUUGACUCGCUGAAGUGAAAACCAUGCAGAGGCAUACAUGGUGGAUGCUCUGAUCACUUUUACAGUGAAUUUGGCCUGCAUUGUGCACUUACUAUGGGUCGCACGUGCAAACGAUGUGACAAUAAGCCUAUAAAUGAUAUUAGAUUUGCCCACGUGUAAACGGUACGGUAACAGCAAACGGCAAACGGUACGGUACGCGGCGUCUCAUUGCGUUAGCCAGCAACGGGAACAUACAGUCGAUAUGGAGAACGCUUCUCUGGCUAGCACACGCAGCCUGCGGUUCAACUGAACUAUACCGUAUUGGUUGUGAAGUACAUAUACCUUACUGAUCGAACAAAUGCCAAAGAUCGAUGUACAGGGACCAGAUGUAAACAUGAACGUCUUGUAUAAGGACAGUUUUGUGCUGCUUUACGGCGUUAAGAACUAUUGUAAGUCGUACCCAGAAUGCGAGGAUUUACAUCAUUAUUUUGUUAGCUCUUUUCUACAACAUAUCGUGCGUUGCUUUGUUGUUUGUUACUGCUUCGAGUUGACCAACAACGUUCAUGGACGGUGCAAGAAACGAAUAAACAAUAAUUGUUUGUAAA